CAGCCUAAGAGCGCCUCCCUCUUUCUAUCUAUCUCUCUUUCUGCCUCUCCUCCUCCUUCCUCUUUUUCCCUCUCUCCAUUUCAUUUAUAUAUUGAUUGGUUCGUUCCCUUCCAUUUCCUCCCGCGAAUGGGGCCUGGUUGGCCUCCAGAGGAAGAAGAGGAAGAACAAGAUAGAAGAAGAAGGAGCAGGCCUCGCCUCCUUCUCUCUCUCCCUUCUUCUCUUUCCCCUUCCCUUUCUUCUCCUCCUCUUUCUCUUUCUCCUUCUUCUUUUCCACAACGACCGCCACCAUCUUCAUCAUCAUCAUGUCGAGCCUCCACAAAAACAGGAUUGCAGAGUUUCAGGAUAUCCUCAGUGAGCCCAACAUUAUGCUGGAGAAGCUUCGUGAACUAUGCUUCAGUGGGAUUCCUUUUGAAGGUGGCUUGCGCUGUCUCUGCUGGAAGAUCCUCUUGAACUACCUCCCAGUAGAAAGAACUUUAUGGAACUCCCUGUUGAAGAAGCAGAGAGAAUUGUAUGCCCAGUUCUUGAAGGAAAUGAUUAUACAGCCUGGUAUAGCCAAAGCCAACCUUGGGGUCUCCAGGGAAGAUGUGACCUUAGAGGACCAUCCACUGAAUCCAAACCCAGAUAGCCGGUGGAACACAUACUUCAAAGACAAUGAAGUCCUGCUACAGAUAGACAAGGAUGUCAGGAGGCUAUAUCCUGAUAUGGCAUUUUUCCAGCGCCCGACUGAAUACCCCUGCCUCUUGAUCCUUGACCCACAGAAUGAGUUUGAGACGCUUCGCAAGCGAGUGGAACAGACAACACUCAAGUCACAGACAGUGGCACGAAACAGGAGCGGCGUAACAAAUGUGAGUUCUCCUCUUAAAACACCAGCACCCAGUUCACUGAGUGAGUAUGAAAUUCUGCCCAAUGGCUGUGAAGCUCACUGGGAAGUGGUAGAACGAAUUCUCUUCAUCUAUGCUAAGCUGAAUCCAGGGAUUGCCUAUGUCCAAGGGAUGAAUGAAAUCGUGGGGCCUCUUUACUACACAUUUGCUACAGACCCCAACAGCGAAUGGAAAGAACACGCAGAAGCAGACACUUUUUUCUGUUUCACUAACCUCAUGUCUGAGAUCAGGGAUAACUUCAUCAAGAGUCUAGAUGACUCUCAGUGUGGCAUCACCUACAAAAUGGAAAAGGUGUACUGUACCUUGAAAGAGAAAGAUAUGGAACUUUACAUGAAGCUGCAAGAGCAAAACAUCAAGCCCCAGUUCUUUGCCUUCCGCUGGCUGACGUUGUUGCUUUCCCAAGAGUUCCUGUUGCCGGACGUUAUUCGCAUUUGGGACUCUCUCUUUGCCGAUGACAGCCGUUUUGAUUUCCUGCUGCUGGUCUGCUGUGCCAUGUUGAUGCUCAUUCGGGACCAAUUACUAGAAGGCGAUUUUACUCUAAACAUGCGGCUUCUGCAGGAUUACCCCAUCUCAGAUGUCCACCUGAUUUUGAAGAAGGCAAAAGAUCUUCAAGACUCCAAAUAGCACCUGCCCCUAACCUCAGGCCGAUGUGGCAGGCACCGAGAGAGACUUCAUCCACUUGCAUUGAUUCCUGUGAGAGUACGGUGGAAGGUAGUCUGGUCUGGUACUCUCCUGUUUCUCAAUCUCCUUUGCUGGAAGGACUGUUUACUGAGUUACCUUCUUUCCUGUAUUUCUUUCUUAAAUGACUCCAGCAAGGAGAUGGAAUACCGACUACCUAUGUUUUCAGUCUUUGUGGAAUGAACAAUAAAACGUGGCAUUAUGGAAGCAGCUCCCAAUAUGCAAAAACCUUCUGGAAUACACCGAAGACAUGUUCAUGAACCAGUGGGAUUUAACUGGAUGAGAACUUCUAUUAAUUUCUUCAAGGAAAUGCUGGAAUCUGCUUUUGCACGGUGGCCUCCCAUGAAUGGUUUUCUUCCCCACAUUGAAUGGAACUGUGUCUCUUCUUUCAAGGAAAAGGUUACAUAGAUGACUAAAAUUUCCCCAAGUCAGGGCCUUGCCCAGGUCACCUCUUCCCUGAUCUGCCCUUCUCCUUUUUGGGGGGAUGCUGGCUUUUUAAAAAAGCUGGUCCCAAAGAGACAAAACAAUGUUUAGUUGAAUGAUGCUGGAACAGCCUUAUCACCCCACUGCCUUAGAGAGGGCACCCUCUUCCUCCAUGCUUUUUGCUCUUGCUGAGAGAUUACAAGCCCUGUGAUGCCAGUAGUUGUGACAUUGCAGCUCCCCCAGCUUUAAAGGGAAGAUAGGGGAGACACAUAUUGGGAUACACAACGCAAAAAUCUUCUUCAAGUUGGGCUUCUUUGCUUUACCGUUUUAUUCAUUGCACAAGGCAUGGGGAUGUUUAUUUCCUUCAGCAGCUUGGGCUUCUUAGAGCAGCAGGUUCUUCUCUGCUGGAAAAGGAUUGUGGCAAGGAAGAGGUUCUAAAUGUGUUGUGGGUGUGUGUUGCCUCAUUUUAUGGGGCUCUGGUAUAAUUGGGGUGUAUUUGGCAGGGAUGUAGAAGCGGCAGACGCUUUCCAGGACAUGAUUUGAAGGCAUUUGGGGGGGGACAGUUAAAUGCAAUAGGUAGAGACUGAUGAGUGUGUGGCGCUCCUUUUUUAAAAUGGUAUUUUGAAAUGUUGUUAGCACUUUCCUUUCUCCAUGUGCAAAACUGUUUAAGGGGUUUCCUCUUGGGAUCCAUUUCCAUCCCGAUCUUGGGGAAAGGACUUUUCUGGACUAUGGCUCUUAAGACUCUCUGCAGUUUGAGGAGUUGUCGACACCAACAAGCUUUCCAGUCUUGGUUAACGGAUCCACGUUUCUCCCUUCCUCGCCUCCCUUUUGUUUUAACCAAAGCAGGAGGGAAAUCCAGGGAUCCUUAAUUAAUAUAUUCUACUAACGGAUGGAAAUCUGCCCGAACCGAUUAUUACAAACGGAGGCUAUCAACAUCUCUCCCUUUGCCGGAUGCAGCUUCACCGACACACCUUAGUGCUUUGAUACCAGGACCUCAAACGUUUUCUAUAGGUUUGCUUUCCUUUUUAUUUGGCUGUUGCUGAAUUUCGGUUGGAAAUGUUUUAAGUAAAUUAGCGAACGAAGAUCCGAAGCUGUUUACAAACCGAAGGGACGUUUCAAAGACCCCGUGUGACAUCAAGUCACAUUGGGACACGGUAACAGUACCGAGAUUAUGAUGCUUCUUUCCCAUACAUCCUUCCGCUGGGUUUGUGAUUUAAAGAGGAAGGAAAACAACAUUUCCUCCCAGAGUGUUGUUGUUUCUGGUCACGUUGUGUAAAUGAAACGUGUGUCUUUUGUUUGUUUCUGUUCAGAUGACUAAAUUUCCUCCUCGGAGCAAAGAUAAAAA